AUGUUGCAAGUUGGCGACCAUCUGAUCGACGUCGAUGGCAUACCGGUCACCGACAAGGAAGUAUGUCGUGGACUGCUCAUGAAAAAUCUUCAAGCGCAAAACUUCGCCACUUCGGUUGUCGAACGUGCGGAGAGUUUGGAAGCCAAACAGUGGGUCCAGAAUGCUCUUUUCGUAUCCAUUGCUCACGCUCCUUCCGUUGCGAUGAACAGCGAUGUGAGAGAAAUUGCGGCGCGUCAACGAGCCAGACUUAAGAUGCUGCCGUUACCCAAAAAAAGUUGCAUGCGCCAAAGUCAAUCACGACGCAAGAGCGUGAGAUUCACAAAAGUCAAACCAUCCGAAUAUGUCAUCGCCAGUGAUACUGAAGGGAAAAGUUUGCGCCGUGUUCGGAGGUGA